GAUUAUCCGCCCUCUGUUCUUCCUGCUGGUUCAUCUGGACUCUGUGGAGUUUGCUGCUAGCAAUGAAGCCUUCUGUGGGGGUUUAUUCAUGCUAUUACUGAAAUGGAGCCCUUCGCAUUUGGAUUAACUCUUUGUUCACUUUUCACCUGAAUCGCUUGGAUCAGUCCAUUUAUAUAAAGGAUACUACUAUGCAUCUCUUUUCUGUUUGCGUUUUGAAGUUGAACUCUGAAUACAGUCUCGAUGUGUUCAGGCUAUUCACUUUGCCUGAAUUUUAGAGGAAGAACUGAAAUAUAAAGAUAGAUGAGACUGUAAUACUGCAUGGGCAGGAAUGCCCAAGGAAAAGUACGAUCCACCUGAUCCACGGAGGAUGUACACAAUUAUGUCCUCAGAGGAAGCAGCCAACGGAAAGAAAUCACACUGGGCAGAGUUGGAAAUAAGUGGGAAAGUGAGAAGCUUAAGUUCGUCAUUGUGGACACUGACCCAUUUGACAGCUUUGCAUCUCAGUGACAAUUCCUUAUCCCGUAUUCCUUCAGACAUUGCCAAGCUUCACAAUCUGGUAUAUCUGGACCUGUCCUCUAAUAAAAUUCGCAGUUUACCAGCAGAGCUCGGAAACAUGGUGUCACUCAGGGAACUACAUUUAAAUAACAACCUGUUACGAGUUUUACCUUUUGAGCUGGGAAAACUGUUCCAGUUACAGACUUUGGGUCUGAAAGGAAAUCCACUUACACAGGAUAUUCUGAACCUUUAUCAGGAACCAGAUGGGACGCGAAGGCUACUGAACUAUUUGCUUGAUAAUUUGGCAGGUACUGCAAAAAGAAUUUCAACAGAACAACCGCCUCCAAGAUCUUGGAUUAUGUUGCAAGAACCAGACCGUACAAGACCAACAGCCUUGUUUUCUGUCAUGUGUUACAACGUACUCUGUGAUAAAUAUGCUACCCGGCAGCUGUAUGGCUAUUGUCCGUCUUGGGCAUUGAACUGGGAAUACAGAAAAAAAGCCAUUAUGCAGGAGAUCCUGAGCUGCAAUGCUGACAUCAUAAGUCUUCAGGAGGUUGAAACGGAACAGUACUACAGUUUUUUCCUGGUAGAAUUGAAAGAGCGUGGCUACAAUGGAUUCUUCAGUCCAAAAUCUAGAGCUAGGACAAUGUCAGAACAGGAAAGAAAACAUGUUGAUGGUUGUGCAAUAUUUUUCAAAACAGAAAAAUUUACUUUGGUUCAAAAACAUACUGUUGAGUUCAAUCAACUAGCCAUGGCAAACUCAGAAGGUUCGGAAGCUAUGCUGAACAGAGUUAUGACAAAAGAUAACAUUGGAGUUGCUGUAUUGUUAGAACUGCGAAAGGAAUUGAUAGAAAUGUCAUCUGGAAAGCCACAUCUUGGGAUGGAAAAGCAGCUAGUUCUUGUAGCUAAUGCACAUAUGCAUUGGGACCCAGAUUAUUCUGAUGUGAAGCUGGUUCAAACUAUGAUGUUCCUGUCCGAGGUAAAGAACAUUAUUGAUAAAGCUUCUCGUAGUCUCAAACCUGGUGUUUCGGGAGAACUUGGAACCAUUCCGCUUGUACUGUGUGCAGAUCUCAAUUCUCUACCAGACUCCGGUGUCGUUGAGUACUUGAGCACUGGUGGCGUGGAAACAAACCACAAAGAUUUUAAGGAACUGAGAUACAAUGAAAGUCUUACUAACUUCAGCUGUAAUGGGAAAAAUGGAACAACGAAUGGAAGAAUUACACAUGGUUUCAAGUUGAAGAGUGCCUAUGAGAAUGGUCUAAUGCCUUAUACAAAUUACACAUUUGACUUCAAGGGUAUUAUUGACUACAUCUUCUACUCUAAACCUCAGCUAAACAUACUUGGCAUUCUUGGACCUUUGGAUCAUCAUUGGUUAAUAGAGAACAAUAUAAGUGGUUGUCCACAUCCACUCAUCCCUUCUGACCACUUCUCACUUUUUGCACAACUGGAGCUUUUGCUGCCUUUCCUGCCUCCUGUAAAUGGAAUCCAUCUCCCUGGCAGGAGGUAGUCAAGUACAUUUAGGAGGGCAACCUCAAUCUAACUUGUACAAUUGUAAAAUCUGAAUAUAGAGGAGUGAGGUAUGGCCAACAGGGAUUUUUUUUCUUAAUAAUCUUAAUCUUAAAUCUAAUUAUUUGCUAAAGACAUAGUAAAAGCCAGGUGCUAUCAACAGACACAAUUCUGAGCCCAAUAUACUUUGUAUACUGUUUGACAGCGAUUGGUGCGUUUGCACCUUUCUUUAAUACGUUACGAUUAACUUUCCUGUUUCUUUUAUCCAACGUGACAUUUUCAUGCCUUGAAAUAGGGAAUUGUUAUACAGUAUCUCUUUGCACAGUUAUCUGUAGCACUACUUUUUGAGGCCAGUAGGAACAUCCACAGAACAUUCUUCCGUACUUCACUCCCUCCUUUUUCAGACUUGUUUGUAAAAUAUAGAAUUUGAAUUUAGCCUUUAUUGAUUGUAUAUGAACAACAGAAAACCUGAUUUAUGAGAUUUUGUACUUUAAAAAAAGAAAAAAUCAGAUUUGGAAAAUGAUUGUAUUGUAAACUAAGGCUAAAUUUUUAUCUGUUUUCAUGUGUUAUAAAGGCCAGCUUGUAAAAGAGGUUGUCACAGGUUUUCUCUGCUAAUGAUUUGCACUGUUAGGGUUUCGUUAGCCCUUUUGUACUACUUUUUAUGUUAAAUUGAGAACGUUGCUUUUAAAAUCCAAACCUAUAAAAUCUUAAUACCUUACAGAGAUAACUAAAUACAUUCUAUUUCUGAUUUUUUUAAAAAAAGAGAGAAGCAUAGAGUUCUCGCAGAACAGAUAAGCUAAGCAGUGAGUAUGAGUAGACCUGUAUGGAUUGAUGAUUGCUGAUGUGUAUACACUCAGUUAUCUUUCUCGUCUCUAACUUCUGAAGUAAAAUUUAGGGAUGCUUGUGUACAGCUUAAUUUCUGUUUUAAAUACUUGUCCUAUCUCCACUGUGCCUGCUUAAAUUUGUUCUCAACUAGCACUGCCUGUGCAUGCAGAGAGAUCCUGUGCAUCCUCUUUUAUUUUUUUAAAUAAUGUUAACACUUGUGAAAAUUUUAUGAAGAUACUUUUGUAUAAGCUGUGGCAUCUUCUUUUCCUUCGUGAAGCAUUGAAUAUCACACUUUUUGAACAUGUUCAGGUUAUGGGUACACAGUUUCUAGCUUCUAAAACCCGUGCACUGCUUCUUUCAGUGUCAUUGCACAGUGCCGUUUUUUCCCACUAAGAAUUACUAUCAUGUGAAUUCUCCUUCGUUUAAGCGUGUUCCUCAGUUUCAGAAAGUAUAAUUCCUUCAAGAAAAAAAACCCCAACCCUACAUUUUCUAUUGAUGAAGCAGUGUAAAAUAAAUGCAUUUUCAAUACAGGUCCCAAAGACAAUUCUUCAGAUCUUUUUUUUUUAAAGUGACCAAGUCUUAUUUUAAAGUGUCAAGCACGACUAAAGUUAUAGUGUACCCUCAGUGCCAUUUGUGUCAUGAAGCCAAGUAUAUAACAGCUUGCAAAUUUAACUUGUCUGUUUGUAUCCUAAAAGGGAGAAUUUAUCAUCUCCUUAAACUAAUACAACUUGAAUAAUCAAUGUAAAAGAAGAAAUGAAAUAAAAUAAAGGAGAUAGAGAGCUUGGUCUUAAACAGCUUUUGUUUCAGCUGCGGGCAGGGAAGCAAAAGGACACUGAGCAUUAAGAGAAAACUUUCUAAAUAUUGUGAAUUUUUAUAUAUAAGAGAGUGGAUUGGUAAUAAUGAUUCAAAAUUUUAUUGAGAAGUAGUCAGCGCAUAAGCGUGCUCAAGCCGUUCUGUUUUAAGCUGAAAGUAAAAAUUACAAACAGUUUGGAUAUGUAAAAUGUACAUUUUAAAAACUCAAUAGAAGAAAUUUUGAUCUUGAAUCCUUGUCUGGGACCUGAUCUCUCGGGGUUAUUUUGUUUUGGUUUUAGUUGUGCAAACACCAAACAUGUCCAGUUUAUAAUCAGUACAUUGAAAUGCUGGUAGUAUUGCUGUAGUAGACUUAAUGCGUAGUGUUAUUUUUUUUCUGUUUGUUUUUUUGGGUUUUUUUGUAAAGUGUGAAUAAAAGGUGUUUUACUCAUGUUUCCUUAAUGAUGUCUUGGUAAUGUACAUCAUGACAAUUUCCAGUGAUGAUGAGCCAAUUUAGCUUGUCAAACUGAGCAAACUAUUUUUUCUUUUCUGAUUAUCUGGAUUGUGUAAUGAGUCCAGAAAGCUUUACAGAAGGGGAAGGGAAGCACUUACUCAUUUUGUAUUUCUUAGAGGGGGAUAAUUUACUUUAAUAGAUGCUGGAGCUUGAGUGCACUUGUUAGAUUCUAAAGGUUUGAGCUUUAUCCAAUAUGUGUUCUCCUGUAUUGCUUAGUCUCAAAAAAUAUUUGAACUUACAACAGCAUGUUAAAAUAUGGCCCCUUGUGCUUUUGGAGACACAACUGAUCCUGCUUAGUCACCUUACAGUCUAAGGGUCCAUUUAAAUAACCGUUUCCUCCAGCUUUUAUUCUAGUCCUUCAAGUCCCAGUCGAAAACCCACUGAAUACGCUGAACACACUCCUUUGACUUCACUGGGUUUUAACUGGACUGCAGCUAUGGCUCGGGGGCUGAAGGAAGGAGAAAUAUUUUGAAUAUAGGGAAAGACCAGGUGGCACCAAAACAGAGCUGAGAAACUUUGUCAAACAAUCUUUCAAGGGAAAAUAUUCCUGUGUCAAACAAAUCUAACUCAGAAGUCUCAAUUUCCAGCUAUAACACAGAAUAAGGCAAUAAACUGCGUCUUCACAAAAUCAAAAUGUUUGCUUCAUAGUUUUUAACGUAAAAUGGUUAUCUGCAAUAUUUUUAUUCGAGGUGGUUUUGGGUGUUGCCAUAACGUACCUUCAGUGUUCUUGUUGUAAAAGCACAUAUAGCAAAAGUCACACAACAUCUUGGGGUUGAAAGGAUUUAUUUAGGUUAGACCAGGCUUUUUUUCACUUAAAGUGCAGACAGCCAUAUCCUGUCUAGUUUCAUUUACAUUUACCAAGAAUUCUGGGUGUCAAAGUGUAAAUUAAAAUAUACCUUUAAAUACAAGAAUUGAUUAGAGUACAUGACUAAUACCACAAGUUACUGCUUUUAAUAUAACACAAGUAGGGGGGGAAAAAGAGCAUAUAAGUCAGUGUGUUGUAAUUAUUUUGUCCUUUUAGCAGCUUU